UUUGUUUGAUGUUCUGUUUCCUGCUUUGUUUUGUUGUGUUUUGGAAGUCAGUCAAUGCUGUGUGGUUGCUAGGUUACGUGUUGCCGGAUGUUGUGAAUGUGUGUCGUGCUUGCAGGGAUGUGGUAAGUGAGAGUGGUUGGGAAAACGGAUGUGACGGGCGACUGAUGGUAGAGAGGAUACUGUAAACAGCCAGAAUAAACCAGCAACGUGUUUAAGACUACAAACACUGUUUUGCGUCCGUUAUUGCAAUAUAACAUUGGCGACGAAGAUGGCGGAAUUUUCGUUUACUCCACCGCCUCCUUUUUUGGCUCUGCCUGGCGAACCGCCGGUUCCGUGGGCUCGCUGGUUGGACUCGUUUAAUACAUACCUGCUUGCUAUGGGCUUGGAAGACGUGGCCAACCCGCGUAAGCGUGCUAUACUGAUACACUGUCUGGGCACAGAGGGACAGCGCGUUUUCCUGACACUGGGUCCUGCCUCGACUUUUGAUGAAGCAGUCGGGGUUCUCGCUGCACAUUUCGGAGCCGCUCAGAGCGUCCUCAUCCGCCGGUUUAAAUUCCGACAACGGAGCCAACGGCCUGCAGAUUGCUCUGCACAAGACCAUGUUGCUGUCUCUGGCUCAGCUGGUGGGAGAGCAGUGCUGCCCUGUUCUUACACCCCCACCCGUGGGCAGGAUGUAGCAGUCAGAUGGUAUGCAUAUCCAGAUCAGAGUUCAGUUCUAUUAAUCUACUCAGAGCCCCCCUCAGCACCCAUCCCUGCGCAGUGGAGCGACCAAGUGAAACUGUCUGAUGAAGUCUCCUCUGGAAACGCCUCUCUGCUAAUCUCUGAGCUCACACUGGAGGACACUCGGGAUUACACGUGUACAGUGGAGAUCAAUGGGAAAUGUGUCACUUACAGGAAUAUUAAACUGACAGUUCAAGAACCUCCAAAGAGAGAUUCAACUACUUCAGGAACAACAACGACCACAACCCCGACAACUAGACCAUCAACAACCCCGACAACUAGACCAUCAGCAACCCUGACAACUAGACCAUCAACAACCCCGACAACUAGACCAUCAACAACCCCGACAACUAGACCAUCAGCAACCUCGACAACUAGACCAUCAACAACCACGACAACUAGGCCAUCAGCAACCCCGACAACUAUACCAUCAGCAACUCUCGCUAUCCUCUCUGCAGUAGCCGUCUCUGCUGUCAUCGGCAUCAUAGGUGCUGCAGUCUUUGCCAUUUUAAAGUACAAAAGGAGAGCAGCGAAUGCUAAUGGGAAUAACCAGAAUGCUGGUGAUCAGAAUGCGAGCUCAGACUUGGUUACCUACACUGUAAUCGAUCACACGAGACAGCCGGGAGGAGCCUCAGUCCGGUCAGGGGUCAGUGCUGUGGACAAUACGGAGUACGCCACUGUCCAGAUCCACGGAUAGGACACGUCUCACCCAGCCCCCAGGGAUACAAGAGAGCUUCAAAAACAAGAUGAACCAAGGACUUGACUAACAUUGAUUUACUGCAGCGCUUCAAUGAAUCAUACCAACUCUGAUGAGAACAAUAAACACAGCUAGCCACUAACAAGCAACUACCUGACAUUCUUAAUUCGAUCUUAACCAUUUCACUGCCACUGCUAAUAGAAUGCUGUGGCCAUAUUAUUUCCCCCUAUUUUUGGGAAGUAUAAAAUUCCAUGUUAAAAGGGUUUUAAAUCUUACCUGUUCAUUCGCUAUGCAGGUUGCACGUGUAGUUUUGAAAGAAGCACAUGUUCUAUAACAAGCAUGCUUUUUCCUUUUUAAAAAUGUUAUCAUACUGGUACCAUACAGUAGUGUGCAAAUGUAUUAGAAAACCUCAAGAUUUGUAAUUGAUAUCCUUUAUAUACCUACCUGCAUGAAAACCUGGGGGUGAGAAUUUCAAUUUUCAAUCAGUGAUAUAGAAACAAUAGACACUCAUGUGUGAAAAUGUUAGACCGCUUUGUGCUUCAAUUAGGCAUCUUAAACAACUUCUAAAAAGUGUCACGCAUUUUAUCAUUUGUGGCUUUGUGUUCUUUUUCUCUUACUAUUUAAUAAAUUGCAUGUGUGGCCUAUUAAAGGCAUCAAUUAAAUAAGACAAUCACUGUUGGUUUUGACAAUUUCCAGUGGUUUGAUUUCCUAUGCACAACAAAUGAACACAGCAGAAGCAAUGGGGUGUUGUAAUCCAGGUGCGCACUGCUGUACUAGUUUGCAUGCCUUACUUUGGAUACACACACACAAGUCCCAAGCUGAGCUCCUGCAGGUGGUGUGAUCCCAGCCUCAAAGAGAAGCCAGUCCUCCUCAUUGCAGUGUUCAUCCACAUUGUUAAUGAGAGCCUUUACAGCAGGAGAUCGCUCACCAGCAGAGAUGCGUCAUGAAAGAGGCCACAGGGCCUCUUGCUUCAUUACUGCAAGCCCUUGAAUGCAUGCACGUGUAGCAGGGAGGGAGUAGGGGGGGGGGGUUAGGUAAGCAGUUGAAUUCAGGUCCCGAGCCUCGCUUCCUUUUGCACCUGCUCCGAGACAGGCUGCUGGGUGUAAAACUUGACUGCUCUGCUGGAUUGGAGAGUAAAGCAAUACUUCCACAUUCAAACUCAUUUGAUUAGAUUGUAUAGGCCUGUGUUCAUUUAUUUCACUUUGAACAAACACUUGUGCUUGCUAAGGUUUGCUAGCUGUCUUCUCUCAUCCUUGUGGCAGCUGUGAUGUACCUUUAAUGCUUAUCCCAUCAGACCAUGUGGAAUAUUAAUAAACAUAGCCAUCGCUGCUUUG